AUGACGAUAACAUGGCCCCCAUCAGGGAAAAAUCAAUUCGGCAUCGCCACACUGUCUCUUGGUAACUGGAGAAGCCAUUCUCUUGAACCUAGACUCCAAGCCGCGGCCGAAGCUGGCUACGAGUGGAUAGAUCUUUUUGACGAAUGCUGGGCGGCGUACCUGGAGGAGCAUGGCCUACCAGGAGACCAAUUGUGGGAGCCCACUCCUCGCAAUCUAGAAGUCGCUCGGAAACUAGGUCAACUCGUGAGAUCAAUGGGAAUGCGUAUUGCUUGUACCCAACCACUUCGUCAAAUCGAGGGGAUCAAAAACCCCACAGAGCGUCGCGCAACCCUUGAUCUAGUCGCCAAACGGUUUCCCUUCAUGCGGGCUUUUGAUACUGAUCUGGUGUUCAUGUGUGCCAACAUACGCACCGACAGCGGAGUGACCUCAGACCUGAAAACCGUCGCGCGUGACUUGGCUGAGCUUGGUGACAUGGCGGCAGCAUAUGCACAGGCAGAUGGCGGCCGUAUGCUAAAGAUCGGAUAUGAAGGACUCUCAUGGGCAACUAGAAAUACUUGGUCAUCUUCAUGGGAAGUGGUUCGAUUUGCCAAUCGUCCAAAUGUGGGCUUGAUUCUCGAUGCUUUCAAUAUUCUGGCAGUUGAGUUUGCAGAUCCCUAUAACCCGGCAGGACAUGGGCGUAUUUUUCCAACCCUAGAAGAGUCUCUUCAAAUCCUUACAGACUCGCUCAUAUCGCUCACGGCCACUGUCCCCGGUGACCGAAUCUUCUUCUUCCAAUGUGGCGAUGCGGAGUUGAUGAACCCGACAACCUUUUCUCCACCUUCAGAUCCGAAAACCCCAUUACUUCUCCCGUGGUCAAGAAGCCAUCGCCUAUAUCCUCUAGAACAAUCAAGAGGUGGCUAUAUGCCCGUCGAGCUUGUCGCGGCCGCCGUGCUGGCAACCGGUUACGAGGGAGCGAUAUCACUAGAAGUUUUUAAUGCAUCUCUGAAUGAGCCAAGUGAUGACGUUCCACCAAUCCAUGCUACUAGGGGCAUGAGCGGAUUGAAGAAUCUUGUUGAGGUUUCAAGAAGACUCCCUCCAUUCUGGAAAACCAAAUCGCAUGCCCGGGAAGCUCUGGCUCUCGUUAGCCAACGACUGCAGAAUGGCAGACAUCAUCUUUAA